CUGUGCGCGCCGUGCGGCGGGAUUACUGCGCAUGCGCAGAGUCGCUCAACUCCAGCUCGGCGGUCAGCUUGGUAUUUGCCGGCGGAAGCAGAUGGUGGACGUGAGAAUGAGUAGUUUGCUUAUAAUCUAAGUGAACGAUUUCGUCUCUUUUAACGAUUUGCCCCCCCCCGUCGGCUGCGAAAAGGUUAGAAAAAAAGCCCCCGCGAGACAGAGCGCGCUCCCUCGCGCUCUCGUCCGCCGGAGGGUGGAUGGCGUCACCGCAGUAGAGGAAAGAGACUAUGGGCAUAAAUAGAAACGCCUCUGUGCUGCCUCGGACUAAUGGUACCGUCUGAGUUCUGGAUGGUUCGGAUUCACGUGCGCGGAUCCAGUGAAGUGCACACAGCCAAGCCACCGCCUUGUCUCUCUAUUGUGCUUUGCAUGGGUGCGGUUCAGGGCAGGAUAGGGCAGGGUAAAGGGUGCUUUUAUUACUGCUGACAGCACCAGCAUCGCCUGUACGGACGGGAUCAGCGUAAGGAGGUGCCACACACACACAGUGGAUGCUGAGCUGCACUUAACAACAUGACUCUCGAGCCACUGAAAUCUGCCCUCUCCAUCGGAAAUAUGGACGACACCUCGCUUGCGCUGCCGAGCGUGAACCGGUAUCGAUCCGGACAAGAGCGCGUGUUGGAUCAAGUACAAACCAUCAGGCGAACCAAGACGAAGCAGAGUACCAGAGGUGGAUCCACUCCGUUGACUCCAACAAGUCCCCUGAGUGAUAACGUGUUCACAGACUUUUACACGCCGCUGCCCGCCACAGCCAACGGGAACGGCACCCUGAGGAACGGCCUUUCUGCAACGCUCAGCAAGGAGGGAACCUUCAAGCGGCAGACGUUUGUCAACAACAACAGCAACACUACUCGGGGGUCGGUGUUUCAAAGAAGGAUGUUCUUGUCCAAUCAGCACGAGAAGGGUUUUGUCCAUCUCGGCUCAGCGGCAGGCGGGAAAACCAACACCAGCCGCAGCGAGCCGGACAUGGGCGUGGGCUUCUGCAAACCGAAACCGGCCUUCCCGUCCCGGCAUCUUCGGGCCAACAGGGCCAGCACCCACCUGACGGAGAAGGCCGCCAGUCAGUUCGUGCUGAGCGAGCGGCCGCCGCUGAACUCGAAGAGUCCAAGUGCGACCGCCAAGAAAAGCCAGCUCUUCACCAGCCAAAGUGAAAUGGACAAGGCGGCGUCGAAGCACUCCAUCGCUGACUCUGCACGAAUGAGCAAGGGAGAUUUAAGCAACGGCGGAGUUGCCGAUCUCACCAUGAAGGACGCCGUUCGGUAUCUUUCCAGUGAGGACAAGAUGUACCAGCACUGCGGCGCUUCUUUUAUUCAGCACCACACCUUCGCAGAGGACCGGGCUAAGCAUCAGGUGCUGGAGCUCAACGGCGUCCCUCCUCUCGUGGGUCUGCUGCGGAGCGCCAAUCUUCAGAUCCAGCAGACGGCGUCGGCCGCCCUCCGUAACCUCACCUUCAAAAACAACGACGCCAAGCAGGAGGUGGCGCAGUGCGGGGGAGUCAGGGAGGCCGUGGCCCUGCUCAGAGAUACAGACUGUUCCUUCACUCAGAAACAGCUGACAGGCCUUUUGUGGAACCUGUCCUCCACGGACAGCCUGAAGCCAGACUUGCUGCAGAGUGCUUUGCCUGUGCUAAUGGAAAGAGUGAUACUGCCUUACACGACCGGCCCGGACCGUACCAACAACAACAGCCUGGACCCGGAGGUCUUCUUCAAUGCCACCGGUUGUCUCAGAAACCUGAGCAGUGCCAAGCAGAACAACAGACAGGCCAUGAGAAAAUGUCGAGGUCUGGUGGACUCCUUAGUCAGCUAUGUUCACGACAGCGUGGAGGCCGGAACGCCGGAUGACAAGUCUGUAGAGAACUGCGUCUGCAUCCUCCACAACCUGACCUUCCAGCUGGAGACUGAGGCCCAGUCCCUGUUCAACAAGAUCACGGCUUUGGCCCGCACUGCCAACAUGUCCCAAAGCCAGGGAGAAAUUGGCCCCAUAGGCUGCUUCAGUCCCCAGAGCAACAAAGAGCUGGAACAGGAGCGCCACUUUGACUACCCGGUAUCUGAGGACUUGAAUCCUAAAGGAGCAGGGUGGCUGAUCCACUCCAAAACCAUGCAAAGUUAUCUCUCCCUCCUGGGCUCCAGCCAGAGAGACAACACCCUUGAGGCCUGCUGUGGAGCCCUGCAGAACCUCACCACACAACCCGGCAUUGUGUCCAGCGUGAUGAGCCAGACUAUUGUGCAGAAGUUAAAUGGCCUGGAAGUCAUCGCUCCCCUUUUGAACUCGACCAACAUCAACCUGCAAAAGAGUACUGUGGCUCUGGUGGGAAACCUGACAAAGAACUGGAACCUACAGCCUGCCAUAGCACGAAAAACCCUCCCUAACCUUGUGAGCAUUGUGAACUCGGGCACCAAAGGAGCGAAUGACUCUGACGACACUUUGGCCAUCGCCUGCCAGACAGCCCACUGCCUGGUGCUGAGAGAGCCCGAGCUGUGCAAGUGUCACCUGAACACGACGUUUAUCAACUCCCUGAGAGAUCUGAGCCAAAACAGAUAUUUCCCCAAAUCCAGCAAAGCUGCGUCUGUGUUUCUCUACAACCUGUGGUUAAAGAAAGGCUUGCAAAGCCUGAUGAAAAAGCAAGGUAUGCACAAGACUACCUUUGUGAAUGACGUCACCAUGGCUGCACAUGAAUCAAACCUGGUUGUCGGAUAACAAGAUGGCAGACACGAAUCUGCGGGGGAGAAAAAAACAACAAAAAAACUUCUUCCAGAUGGCUCAACCCCAAAUGCCCCUCACACCUAUGGGAGGUCUACAUGAAUCACGUCUCUUCUCGCAUCAUAUUUCCACUUUAAGUCAAAAAGAUGUACGUUGCAUCCACCAUCAACAGUUUAGCCGCUCCUGUUCAUGCUGGUGUUUUCUUCCUCGCUGGUACAAGAUAAAGGUGAAAGGUUGGUGUGUAAACCAAUACAUCUGUCUGUUGUGUGUUUUUUAUCUUUCCAACUGUAUGAUUUAUUGAUAUCAAACGUUGUGACAUUUGUUUAAAACUUGUAUCCGUGCCAAAGUGUUUCCUCGAUACCGUUUUCUAACCAUGGUAGUGUGGCGCAGACGCCGUGUCGCAAGGUAAAUAUCUUCAGUAUCGCUCCCUUUGUCAAUAACAACUGCUGAGUAACCAUUUUCUAUACAUAAAGAACAUAUUUGACUUCGAAACCACUGUUAUCCAGUCUGGCGUUCGUACCAGGAAACACGACUCAGGCUGAGGACACAUUUACUGUCAUUUCCUCGGCCGACCUCACCGUCACCAGCCUUGGAAACCUCGGCUGCUCAGUACUUCAAAUACGCCGUUAGGUGGAGAAAUGAAAGUGUUGUGCACAUAUUUUGGUAUGGGAUGGCCACCGUAGCAGAAUAUUUGUGAAGAGAGGAGGGAAAACUAUUGUGCAAGCAUUCUUUAAUGUGACGCCAUCGGUUGGGUUUGUUACGAUCUCUAAAUGUCUACGCUGAGCUUGGCCACGGUUUGCACUGAAUGUGCUGUUUUUAAUGACUCCUGUGGGUAAACUGGGUAAGUAAGACAUAGAAAAGAGUGUAUUUGAAAGAACAAUAUCAUCUUGGGGGUAAAAUUAGAUAGCAGAAUACAGAUAAUGUAAUAAUAAUAAUAAUGAUAAUAAAUUAAAACUUGUAUAGAUAUUAUAGUUCCUCUCACCAAGAUUGUAAACAGAUUGUAUAGGAAGUGCAGAACAAUUUGUCUUUGGGAAGUGCUUAUUAAAAUGUUUCUAAAGAAAUAUUACCUUGC